GUAAUAAUUAAAAAGAGCAGUGAGCAAUGAAACAUGGAUCUCUAUUCUCUACCAUUAACGAUAUUUUUUUAGCUUUUUUAAAAGCCUCCCUCGGAUUCGAAUCCGAUUUAAACAAAUAGGUUAGUCCGUAUCAAUUAGGGUUUCAUUUCAGAGAGAGAGAGAGAUUGAAGAAAAAUCUUAGCCAUAAUUGAAUUGCAGAAGAAGAUGAAGAAGGCGAAUCGUCGCUCUAAGCAAGCGAGUCCAGCUACUUCUUCAUCGUCGCCAGGUUCUGAUGAUAAGCGAAAGCAGAAUUACGAGGAGAGAGUUCGUCAGCUCGAACAAGAAAACAAAGCGUUUCAGAAGGAGAUUGAGGAACUAAGGGGAAAAGUAGCGAAUGGUUCACUUUCACCUGCUUCUAAUGGUGGUGUUGAAAAGCUUGGAUUAUCUGCAAAAGCUGAAUGUCCUUGAAGAACAGGUUACAGAGUUGAAGAAGAAACAACAUGUUCAGUCUCAACUCUCAACUAAAAGGCCAAAAGGCAAUGAAGCAACAAGAAGGUUGCAGUUUGAGAUUCAAAGUUUAAAGGCUCAGAAGGUUCAACUACAUUGUAAGAACAAGCUAGAGUCUGUGCAGUUUAGAUUAAGCAAGGCUUCACUGGAAAAAGAAGUUCUUCAGCUUAGGAAGGAGAAAAGGAGGAAUGCGUAUGAGAUGCAAAAGCUAUUAGCUUCGAACCAGAGACUAAAGAUGGUCUUACAACGAAAGACAGAAGAGGCAUCUGCGGCCACAAAACGGCUAAGAGAGCUGAUAGAAUCUCGAAAGGCUUUGUCACGCAGAUCAGCUGGUGCCAGAGUUGGCAAAACUCCUGGAGUACAGGCCCUGCAGGGUGUUGAGCAUGAGUUUGAAGCCUCAUCAUGGUUACAUGAGUUAUGUUCUCAAUAUGAACGUCAAAUGGAAGAGAUGGCUGAGGAGGUUGCAAUGCUCAGGGAAGAAUCAGAAUUGCUGAAGAAAGAAAAUCUUAGGUGCCCAUUACAGGAGAAAGAGGUUGAUUGCUUAGAGCAGGAUGAAGAUAUAAAAGAUCUGAAGGAACAAAUAGUCAGCCUAAGUGGUUUGGUUAGACAACUACAAAUUCAAAAGGCUGAAUUUGUUCUUAGGGAGAAAUCACUGGAUAAUUUGGGCCAACCCUCCUUUUCUACUGGGAGUAGCAAAGAUUUCUUUCACAGCCUGGAUACAUGUGAAUCAGAACAUUUUGGGGACACUAAUGCUGCAAAGGAGAAAAAUGCAGUUGCGAUUUGCUGCUCAUGCAGCAAGAAGUCUUUGUGCAAGACAACAAAAUGCAGAUGCAGAUCUACUGGUGCUGGCUGUGGAAAAUCAUGUGGCUGUGCACUUUCUAAGUGCACCAAUAGAGAAGCAGUUCAAGUCAAGUUGAGUAGCACCCCACAAUCAGAGAUGGCUGAAAGUGUUCUGAAUUGUUCAGAGAUUGUUGAGGCAGAGAAGACUGAUACAGUUGCUUCGCAAGGUGCAAUGCUACUUCAGCGUGCACUAGACGAGAAGCCUGCUGAGAUGAACGGCAAUCAUAGGACAAGAAAGCAACCGUUAUCUGACAUUGGGAAUAGGAUGAUUGAAUCAGAUGAUUUAAAACCUGGCCGGAAGAAGAAAGGGCGAAAACCAGAAAUUCAGGUUGUAACCGUAAACCCACCUUCCUCACUUCCUGAAAAUAUCAAAGGCCCAAGAAAAGCAGAUAAAAAGUGAAGUGCAAGUAGAUAUUGUUUUGAAAUUAGCCGGGCCUGUGCAGCAAGCAGUCCUCAAAUAACAGACCAUUGAUAUAGUGUAAUUCUGAUCAGCUUGAUGAAUUUGUUUGUUAGUAAGGUGACUGGUGUUUCCGUCUUCAAGAUAUCUAGUACGGCAGGCUAGAGCAUUGAAUCAGAAAGAGAACUGCUGCCUUUGACUUGACAAUCAUUCCUUAAUCCCCUCUUCAUAGAUUACUCACACCAACACAGAAGUUUGAAAUGUAUGCCAUCAGUUUGAAGUGAAAAUUUCUAUUUGAAUUUUGGGAGUACAUGGAUCUAAUAUAAGGAGUGGAUUAUUUUAUAGUGAAGAUUGAUGGAUCUUUUACAGAAUGGGUUGUGUAUUUGAUAUGGUGUAAUAAUUUGAUACUCAACCUUGGUUGCUUGAGUGCUGUUGAAUUUUUGUUUUCUAUAGGAAAAAUUGGGUUUUCAUCUUCUUCUGCA